UAAGUUUGUUUAUUCAUGGGCCAAGUAGAAAACCCGAAACACACCGGAGGUUGAAGUGUUAAACCCUAAACCCUAACUCUCUCGCCGGCGAGUAAAUUGAUCUUGCGAAUCACACGCACAGUAGGCAAUACAAAGUGUGUCUGUAAUAAAAUGUUGCUCCGUUUGGUUCGGAUAUCUUAUGCUGCUGUUCGCCCUUUAUCGACUGAAGCUGCGACAACAGUGAAGUCCACAAGAUCAGGAAGUAGCAUUACCACUAGUUUAGAAGGUGGCACUAGUACUGCCACAAGUACUCGUGGCAGAGACACGCUAGGGAGGAGGCUUUUGAGCUUGAUCUAUGCAAAACGUAGUGCUGUAAUUGCUAUACGCAAGUGGAAGGAAGAGGGGCACCCUGUCCGCAAAUAUGAGCUCAAUCGCAUUGUCCGGGAGUUGCGAAGACACAAACGAUAUAAACAUGCCCUUGAGGUUUGUGAAUGGAUGAGGGUACAAGAUGAUAUCCAACUAUUAUCUGGUGACUAUGCAGUUCAUUUGGACUUGAUUGCAAAAGUUCGUGGUAUGAACAGUGCAGAGAAGUUUUUUGAAGACCUACCUGAUAAACUGAAGGUCCAGACCACCUGUACUGCCCUUCUCCACACCUAUGUCCAGCAUAAGGACACUGCUAAAGCUGAGUCUUUGAUGGAAAAAAUGUCCGAAUGUGGUUUCUUGAAGUACCCUCUUCCUUAUAAUCAUAUGCUUACCUUAUACAUAUCCCAAGGACAACUAGAGAAGGUUCCAGGCCUGAUCCAGGAAUUGAAGAAAAAUACCUCUCCUGAUAUUGUCACAUACAAUCUGGAGUUGGCAGUUUUUGCAUUACAGAAUAAUGUUGAAGCUGCAGAGAAAGCGUUCCUUGAGCUAAAGAAGGUAAAAUUGGACCCUGACUGGAUAACAUUUAGCACAUUAACCAACAUCUACAUUAAAAGCUCACUUCAGGAUAAGGCAAAGUCAACUUUGAGAGAAAUGGAGAAAAGGAUUUCCAGGAAGGCUCGAACUGCAUAUGCUUCUCUCAUUAGUUUGCAUACAAAUCUAGAGAGCAAGGAUGAAGUUUUCCGAAUAUGGAAGGAGAUGAAGUCAAUCUUCCGUAAAGUGAAUGAUACAGAAUAUAGUUGUAUUAUAUCUUCGUUACUGAAGCUGGAUGAAUUUGGAGAAGCGAUGAAUCUGUACACUGAAUGGGAAGCUGUUUCUGCGACCAAGGAUACUAGGAUUGCAAAUUUAAUUCUUGCUGCUUACAUUAACAAAAAUGAGAUGGAGAAGGCUGUCGAUUUUCACAACAGAAUGGUGCAGAAAGGCAUAUCUCCUAGCUGCACCACUUGGGAGCUUAUUACAAGGGGUUAUUUGAAGCAAAAGGAAAUGGAUAAAGUUCUUGAAUUUUUCAAAAAAACUGUUACAAGUGUUUCAAAAUGGGAUCCUGAUGCAAAGAUGGUUCAAGAGAUGUUUCAUGUAGUUGAAGAGCAGGGCGACAUUCAGGUGGCAGAAAAGUUGCUAGUUACCCUUCGACACGCUAAGUAUGUGAAUACAGAGAUAUAUAAUGCACUUCUCCGAACUUAUGUGAAUGCGGGUAAGAUGCCAAUGAUAGUUGCAGAGAGGAUGAAAAAGGAUGAUGUGAAGAUGGAUGAGGAAACUCAAAGGUUAAUUGGAUUAACUAGCAAUAUGACUGUAACUGAGGUUCCAAAUGGGGUUGCUUAAGAAUAAGGCUGGACUUUGAACUUUGUAAAAUAUUCAGACCUAUGCACAAGAACACGUAUCCAAAGCAAGAUUUGAUGGAUGUACUUUUGAGCUACUCUUCUAGCAAUUAGAGUUAUUGUCUUAACUUUAUUAUGCCUCCCACAAGAGUUAUAUAUUUUCUUUUUAUAA